GUGAAGAACCCUACAAAUGGGAACGAGAGAAGUUUACGAGCAGAAAUUGAGGAGUGGGAAUCUCCAUCACGACCCAACAAUCAACCCUGGCCUUGGAUCUCCACGAUGUCCUCGUUGUCUAUCUCUCAUAAACCCUAAUUCUAAAAGCGGUGAAUGGACGAUUACUUCCGUUUUGCACGACGCCACUGCUGUGGCUGGCGCAGGUAUAGGUGGAAUGCUUAGUGCAGUGUAUGGUAUCAAUACAGGAAUCCCAUAUAUUCAGAAUCGUGUGAGGGGACCCAAGUGGCUUCCUUUUAUAAUUGGGAUGCCUCCGUUGCUAAUGUUCUCAGCUACAUGUGCUGCAUUUGGAGGUUAUGCACUUCCAAAGUUUGCUCAGCUCACGGUGACAUCAUAUUAUGCCGCCUCAAGUGCCUCACAUUAUGGAAUCUCUCUACUCACCAGACACAUUGAAGAGGUCCACACUGCCCAAUCUCAUCGUGAGAAACUCAGAUGAUCACUUGAAGCAGUUGACAAAAUUUGAAAGGAUGUUACAAAGCUUAAAACCUUGGUUGAAAGGGCAGGUGAAGACGCUUUAUGGAGGUUGUAAUUAAGAGGGUUAUACAGACAGACGGCAAGCUUUACUUGCACAUCAGUAGCUGCAUCACUGUCAUGUACCUGUAAUCUUAUGUGCAUUGGCACUACACCACACUGUCCCGCCUUGAAUUCUUGUGUUGUUACCUUCGUAGACAGACUCCACCUCGAGCUGCAGACUAAUUACUUUGAAAGUAUAGUACACAGCAGGCUUGGCAGCCGCAGCAGCAGUGAAUCAGGUUGGGAUUCAUUGAGCUUUGACUAGCUUUAGGUUUGGCUUUGUUAAAUCCGCAUUUUCGGACUCAUUUUAAGUCAAAUCUGGGCAAGCUGAGAUCGGGAUCUCUCUCUCUCUCUCUCUCUUUUCGUGCUCAAGCCUAGUUAAACCCUAAACCUACCGCACCUGUUUGACUCCCAACUCCAAUGGCUAUGUGAAUAGCUGGGGAAUUCUAUCAUUAGAUUUUAAAACGCAAAAGGUGGGGCCAGAGAGGAUGCAGUUUGGCAUUCGUUUUUCUGCUUCUCAUAUUAAGUGCAAAGAGAAGUACAUCAAUGCAAUGGCAAUGUGGAGGUGUGGCACAGUGAAUGUUCAUCAGAAAUUAUUGUUUCUUCAAAA